CCUUUGUCGUAAGCUGGAAGGUACAAAGGAGAUAUUUUUUUCCGUCUGAAAGUCUUAAAAGCAGAAACGAUGAACAAGAGGUGGAGGCAUACGGAAGAUUGCGAGGGACCGCCUCCGACUCGAGAGUAGCGCACGAGCGGGGAUGGUCAGUUGCACUGUUAGGGUGUUUUUUCUGUACUCGCCUGAACGAUGAGAAAAAAAAAGGUAUCCGUGAGCUCCAUUGGGCCGGGGGGUGUAGUGUUGCAUGGUGCGUUGAGAUUGGAGCUGAUUGCUCAAGUCAUUCACGAGGAGGUUUCGCGGGCGUGAUUCUUGUUCACACACUCAUCAUUCUCCUUGUGAGAAAAGCAGGGAUGGAAGGUCCCCCCUGUUAGCGUGUUCGUUUUGUAACCAAAACGUUUCUGAACACGGGAAGCAGCAACAUCACAAAAGGAACAGAUAAUCUGGUAGGAAGUGAUCGCGAAAGCAACUCCGUGAUGUUCAAGGUGACGAAACGAUUGUCACACGUGAACCGACCCAAACGAACAAAAAAUGUGCUUCGGAAGGUAGGCACUCGCGAACCAACGAGGACAUGGAUGCCUUCCACUUUGUUCAUGUAUGAAGCCAUGCUUUACCUCUUUUGUUUCCAUGCAUCAAGCUCGUCUGAGUCCACGUCGCGGGGUGGCAGAGUGCGCGAGCUCUUGCUAGCAAGCAAGGUUGACAUUCCAUCGCGCACGUCGUCACUCCGGCGAUGUGUGGCAAGGAACCCCGACCUCCCUAACGACGACGAACAACCGAGAAACAACACGGACAAUGAAAAGCACCUCCCGCUCUUAUUCUCCCUAUCUGUUGAUACAUCCGCAUCGCCCAUACAAGCACAUAUUGCUCUGCCCAGGUCUGCGCAUCUGGCCAUGCUCGGGGGUGUGGCCGUGAUCUUGUGGAUGUUGACCGCCGUGAACGGUGCCCUCAACAUCGUCUGGGACAGCGGGCUCGACUGGUUCUGGAUAUCUCUGCUGCUGUUCUUCGUCUCGCCCGCGCUGUUCGGGAGCUGUAUCUGCCGCGCGCUCCGCCUGGCUGUGGUUUUCCACUCGAGGGCGAAGCGUGCCCUGCCGUGGCUCAUCCCGACGGAUAUCCUGAUAUGGGAGUCGAUCGCGUUUGCGGUCGUGCAAGCAUGCAUUUACCCGUUCAUCAGGAACGUUGACGAUCUCUUCAGCAUCAGCAAGGAGCUAGCCAUCGUCACCGCGGCCACCAUACUGCUCGCAGGUGGACCAAGAAUGCCCGACUCAGCUGCUGCGCUCGCUCCCUUGGAUGAAUACCAAUACCCCGCGGUCGGUGCUUCUUCACGCGCGAGUGCUCUGACGUCGCGGUUUGCGAGAACGCCAACGACCCUCCACCCCUCCGUGCUGAACCCCCCCCCGCCCGUGGGAACGCCGUCGCCCCCUUCCCCCUUGCACGCGGCCCUUGUUCUCGACGCUCUCGCCGCACCGCCAGUCGGUCAGAAGCUCGAGGGAGACUGUGGAGGGGUCAACGAGAGAAGAUGGCUGGGAAACAACCUCUUCCUCUUCUUCGCAGCCGUCGUCUUCAGCGUCGAGUGCGGAAUAGACGACGACGACAGCGACGACGAAGAAGCGAUGCUCGAGGAAGGGGCGCCCAGAGGAAACGGUCGCAAGAACCCGGCAAUAGUACCAGCAGAUGAUGACACUGGCAUGGCGGCCGUUACCGGCGACGACGACGGUGCGACUGCCGCCGCGGCGGGCGCCGCGGCCGGGGCCGCUCCUGCCCGUGGGUUGGCGCGUGGAAUAUCGUCCUUGUCCAGCCACAGUACGGGCGGCAACAGGCGUGAUGCAUUGCAGAGGGGGCAGAGGAACAGCACCUGCGGCCACGGUGGUGGCAGUGGCGGCGGUGGCGGUGGCGGUGGCGGCGGUCAAGGCCGCGGGGUGAUGGAGGUGUGGAGCUUCGAGCGUCUUGCGAGGACGCCCCUGCUGGCGGUCGCGUUCGAGGAUUACUCCAAGAGGGCGCUUUGCCACGAGUCGGUGCUCUUUCUGAGCGAGGUUUCUUGGUAUCAGAACGACGACUACGCUACGCAGACAAGAGCAUCUUCGGGGUCAUCGUGUCCGACUCAGUUUGGCACGUUGUGCUACAUCACGGACACCUUCACCAAGGCCGGCUCGCCCGAGGAAGUGAACACCAGCGACGCCGACAAGAAGGCCAUAUUCGAGAAUGAUUUUUCACUGGCGUACCUGAAGGUGAAGAGCAUGCUGGAAGCAAACCUACUCCGCCGCUUCCUCAACACGGACCGCUUCAAGAGCGUGAGGAUGCAGAGGGAGAACGUCCAGGCCAUGAUGGACUCCCCGCCCGUGCUGCCGGCAGGGGUAGGAGCUGUUUAG